UGGUGAAGAAUUGGCGAAUUUGCGAUCUGCGAAAGAACCAGCGAGAAAACGACGGAAUCUGAAUAAAUAAAGAAAGGCGACACGAGUGCCCCGCUACAAAGACGGGGACAUGUUCCGGCGUUUGGAAUCGGAAUUUGUCUUGCCUUGGGAGGAACAAGAACAAGCCAAGACAGAAACGGAAUAAACGAGCCGUGCCACUUUUGAGAGGAAGCUAAUUUUGUUGGGUUCUUCUUCCUCCUCAGUCGUUACGCUUUCUCGGCGGUUUCCGUUGGCUGCGAGCUAAAGCCGGAGCCUGCCACCCUAAUUUUAGCUCCUCCUUGUCCAAAUUGGAGGUUACCGGAGGGCGAAUCGUAGCCCGGUUCGGCUGUUCGGCUGGGUUUGGCUACACCCCUCCUCCUGGUCUGCUCGAUUCAGGCCAUGGAGAUAUGGCUGGCAAAGGAUUCAGAUGUUCUUUGGCAAGGUAGGUCAAGUUAAAGGAAGAUGCCCAAGGCAGGAGACUGUAGCGGCGGCGGCGGCGGUGGCCGGAGGGACCUGCCUCUGCUUUUCCUCAGGGUGGGCGCUGCCAUCACGCUCUCCAUCGCUGGGCUCUUCUUCUCGCGGCUGCGGUGGCAGCGCCGGCCUCGGCCCCGGCACCUCCUGCUCCCUCCUCCUUCAGAGCCAGAUGAUGCCCGUGGCAUGAAGGGUGGUGGUGGAGGGCUCAAGGAUGAGCUAAGGAUCCUCAAGAAUGAGGACACCAAGGCGAAAAUAAUCAGUGGGAACUCUGUGCACACAACCACUACCACUACAACGACCACCACCACUGCCUCGAUGUCACUUCCCCCGAAAUGCCGAAACAUUGAUGAUGAUGAUGAUGAUGAAGGAUUUCUCCUUCCAGAAUUCAAUGAAAUGGUUAUGGAAGAAUUUGGCAGAGACAUAGGCAAUAUCGCAAGCUCACCUGCAGCGAGAGUAAGGGAAGAUGCAUCUAAUGAGCAUGAAAUUUUCAAGCUCAGAGAUUUGGUUAGAUCUCUGCAAGAAAGGGAAAAGACCCUGGAGAUACAACUUUUGGAGUUGUAUGGUUUGCAGGAGCAAGGUGCUGCAGUUAGGGAGCUUGAGAACCAACUGAAGAUAAGCAAUGUCGAGUCACAGCUAUACUCCUUGAAGAUCGAAUCCUUGCAAUCUGAAAAUCAGAGGUUACAAACACAGUUGUCUGAAAGCUCAAAGUUAACUUCGCAGCUUGAGAUGACAAAAUCAAAAUGCAAGCUGUUGAAAAAGAAGUUGAGACUGGAUGCGGAACAAGCAAAGGAGAAAAUCACUUCCCUUCAGAACAUAGUUGAUUCUUUUCAGUGCAAGGAGAUUAUUGAGGGAGAAGUUGAUGGUGAGGCUGAGAAGAAAUUAAAGAGGCUAGAGGAAUUGGAAAAUGAGGCAAGAGAGCUUAGAGCUGCAAAUUCAAGGCUGCAGCAGGAGAAUUCACACCUUAGUAGGCGAUUGGAGCUCACACGCCUACCGCCUGUACCCAAGUCCCACAAUAGCAUGGAGGUAAAAACAUCAGAACAAGUUGAUGGGUUGAAGCAAGAAAACGAGAAGUUGUCAAAAGAGGUUGAACAACUGCGGACUGACAGGUUUGCAGAUGUUGAGGAGCUGGUAUAUCUUAAAUGGAUCAAUGCUUGCCUGCGGCAUGAGCUGAAGAACAAGGGGACUCCUGGUCCUGGGGCACAAACUACAGCACAGGAUCUAAGCAACACCCUAAGCCCCAAAUCUGAACAGACAGCCAAGCAAUUGAUAAUGGAGUAUGCCAAUGUUGGUGCGGACGAGAGAAGUUUAAGCUCCAUAGAAUUUGGCUCAGAGUACGCUUCUUCAAGGGCAUCAUCAAGUGGCGAACCCGAUGACACAUCGACCGACAUGUCAUCAAUCACAACGCCCAGAAACCCGAAGAAGAAAGAGAAGAAGAAGUUUUUCUCUAAGCUACGGAAAUUGGUACUGGGAAAAGAUAAGGAAAAGAACAAUUUCCCUACUUUGGAGAGGAGAGUGUCUAUUUCGAGCUGUUCCUUUGAUGACUUCACUGGAAGAGAGUCGCAUGAUAGCUAUUCUUCCUUCUUGACAGAAGGAGCCAAUCAGCAACAUGACGAUCGCAGCUGCGGUACGCCUUCUUUUGGCAGCCAAAGAUAUAGCACAGCUGAAGCAGGAGAUGGAAGAUACCAGCGUCAUGGGGUAAAACAGAAUGCAUCUUUCGGAUCCGGAAGAUUCAGUGAACAUGGUUCUCAGUUUGAUAGCGGUGAGGCCACAAUACCAGAAGACGUCGAGAUCCACAAAUUCGCCGAGGCACUGAUUACAUCAAGGACAGGUUCUAUGUCAUCCAGAAGGACCUUAUCCUUCAGCUAACUGAUAAAACCAGUAGCUAGGAGUCAUGUGAUGCUGACCAUCUGGAUGUAUAUUUUUGCCAGAUCCUGAUGGUGAAGUGAUAGGAGAUGUUACUGGAAUGAAGUAUCCAACACUUCAUUAUGUGAAAUGUACAAUCAUGUAUAAUAGUAUAGUGCAAUAACCUUUAAUCUCAAUCUUUGCCAUUCAUUUGGCUUGUUUGUGCUUCUUCA